AUGAACAAGGUGCCAACACGCUCCGUGCAACCGACUGUCUCUCAUGAGAAGCCCCUUCAUUUGGGAGCAAAACGGGACGGUGUUUCUAUCACUGCAGUGGCAGCACGUCGACGAGCACUACAGUCAACGACGUCGUCAGUACCGUCGACGUGGCACUCUAACUUUUGUGAUUGUUGGUGUUCAGUAGCCCCAACGUACUGCUGCAGUGUUACUUGCUGUCCUUGUAUGACUUUUGCAUCGGCGAAAGAGUCAUUAGGAGGAAGCUACGAAUGGACACUGCUCUACUUCGGAUUCUUGUUCAUCGGAUCCUUAGUGUCUCUCGGACUUGCGGUGUGCAACAGCUCAAACGCUCCUCUCCACGACGUCAAGGCGGCACUUUUCUCCCCUGUGUCGGGUCCGCAUGCAACGAACUUGAGGUUUUUGGCAAUAUGGGAGGGCAUUUCAGCCGUGCUCUUGAUGGUACUUCUCUUUGGUGUGUGGCGACUUCGCACUCAAACUCGACUUACUCUUGGCAUUCAAGGCUCGCACGUUUUCGAUUGCGUCGCGAGUUUUUGCUGCUGCUUCUGUGUCAUCUCGCAACUGCAUCUCGAACUCAAGUGUCAACAUGAUGAAGAACCGCCGAUACAAGGCCGUCGGAACCGAAGAGCUGGCAACGUUAUUACAACGGGCCCAGUUGAUACGUUGGCUCCGUAUGCAGUCAUGUAG